CUUCAACAAGGGAUAUUUUGGCCAUUGGUGGUCCACUAUUACGUUUUUAUAGAUCAUCGAGGAUUGUAAUCAAUAUUUGCUGGCUAGUUGGACGGAAUAGGCAUCAUGACCCCGAUGUCAACAUGUCAACUUUGUGUAGGGCGCCGUAGGUGAUACAGUAACAAUGUCGGCCCCCACUACAGUGUUACUCGUGGUCGGCAGAUGUAUCUAUCAUGGCCUGAUCAGCCUCAGCCUCUUCUCCUCAAAUAUUUUCAUCUCAGUAUCAUCAAAAACAUUGCCCUACUCUCUCUCACCAUCCUGCUGCCCUGCCCCCAUGGCAUCUGCCCUGCAAAAGUUCAAGCUUGUCUUCUUCGUGCCUCCCUCAGCCUUGGGCGCUUGUAAGACUGCUGUUUUCAGCGCUGGUGCAGGACGCUACCCAGGUCCGGGUGGAUAUACUGAGGUAUGCUUCUGUACUAGGGGUACCGGACAGUUCAGGCCUGGUGAUGCUGCCAAUCCAAAUGUAAGUUGUGUUGGGCUUUCUAUAUACAUGUGUAGAACCAAAGCAGAAGGCUGACAAUGUUUGGGUAGAUCGGGAAAGUUGGCGAGCUAGAAGAGGUUGAUGAAUAUAGGGUAGAGACGCUGUGUCUGGGGCGUGACGCAGCCAUCAAGGCUGUCGAAGCAUUGAAGAAGUGAGUUCACUUAUACAGUAAAGUACUAAAUA